AUGGAGAAAAAUAACAAUAAAAAGGGCAAGUCAAAGGAUCGAAAGGGCGCAAAAAAGGGCGAUAUGUCUGGUGAAAAAUAUGGUGUUAAAAGAAUAAUUACUGAAGAGAGGGAACUUAAUAGUCAGGAGUUAGAAAAAUUUGAGGACGUGCCGAAUGCUCGUCCAGCUGCUGCUCAUUUACGCAACCGUAAACUCAAGUGGAAAAAUUCCGCGACCGGCAGCGAGGAAGAAACUACACGGGCUACGGCCCUAUCUUCGCCACAUAUCAUCGUCUUUCUUCUUGUGAUUGGACUAUUAACGUUGUACUACUUGAAUAGAAAACUUAGACGUUAA